AUGAAGAUAAUAACACUGUUUUUUGUACUUACAAUUUCGAGUGCUGUGACAUACGACGAUUUAAAGGCACAGCUUGCGAAAGGCGAUUUGGAGAUUCAAGAACUUCGUGAAAAGGUUAUUGACGUUCUACAAAAAGGUACUCCAGAGAAUUUGCCGACGGAAGAGAGAAUGAAGUGUUUAUCCGGGCCAGAGACAUCUGCAGUCAAAUAUUCGAAAAUUGCGGCGGAACGAGUCGAAAGUGCUGCAAUAACAAAAUCUAAAACAUUUUUUAACGAAGGAGAAAAUGACUACGAGAACAAAGUCGACCACUUUAUCGACUCGUUGAAGUACAAGGCAUACAUGACAACACUCUCAUUACUAGUGGAGAAGUCAAAGAAUGGCCCGAUAGAUGAAAAGGAGUCAAUGAGAACUGUUGGCAUAGUCGUGAAUCGAACAUUAAAUGAAGCGAAGAAAGAAGAUGGGGUUGAUAAGUACAUUCAACUUGAGAAAGAACAAGAACGACUUGUCAAAGAACGAUUGACACUUUUGUAUGCCCGUGAGGAAUUGAAUGAUCAAGUCAUGUUGAAUAAGAUUGAGGCAUUGCUCUAUUCAUAUCAAUUAGAAAAGAAAUUAAGCGAGUUAAAACAAGAGAAGAGAAGUGUUCAUUCAAGCAAGAAGGUAGAAGAUGUCAAGAAACACGGAAAGAAAUACAUUGAAAAGGUCAGAGAAGUUGAGAAGAAAGAAGAAAAGAUCAAGACGAUUAAAAGGAGUGCUGCUCUUUCGAAAAAGGAAGUCAAGAAAACGGAAAAGUUUGUUGAAAAGAUCGAAAAGAAAUUGCAGAAGAUCGAACAGAUGAAACACAUUGAAGACAAAAAAGAUGCGCAGAAGGAUAAAGUACUUGACACCAUCGAAACACCAAAAUGUGAGAAAAGGAUAAUAUCACACAGAAUGGAACACUUCCAAGAACAAACUAUUUCACUGAUACA